AGAGCAGGAGAGAAAGAGCGAAUAUGGAGCAGAGAUACGAGUUUGACCUGUGAGCGAAGAUGAAGCCAAACUCCCAAGGAGCCUCUGGCCGGUUUCCCUGCUGCGCCCUCCCUCCUCAACUUCCCACCGCAAGGAUGGCAGCACUGGUGGAGCUCUGGAGCUGCCCAGCGAAGCGGGGAACCUGCGUUUUGUUUGCCGCUAUCUAAUACGUGGGAGUAAAAUGGAAUUUCUUACUUGGCUUUUUCCUGCCUUACUCCUACUGUGCACACAGCAGCACAGGUGUAUCAGAGCUAUGAAUGACAUUGGAGAUUACAUAGGUUCCAACAUCGAAAUAUCCUGGUUGCCAAACCUGGAUGAUUUGAUGAAAGGGUAUGCACGUAAUUUCAGGCCUGGGAUUGGAGGUCCCCCUGUUAAUGUUGCUCUUGCAAUUGAAGUAGCCAGCAUUGACCACAUCUCAGAAGUUAACAUGGAAUAUACCAUGACAGUGUUUUUGCACCAGAGCUGGCGAGAUGACCGUCUGUCUUACAACCACACCAAUGAAACUCUGGGGUUAGACAGCAGGUUCGUGGACAAGCUCUGGUUGCCAGAUACGUUCAUAGUAAAUGCCAAAUCUGCCUGGUUCCAUGAUGUGACUGUGGAAAACAAACUUAUCAGGCUCCAGCCAGAUGGGGUCAUUUUAUACAGCAUCAGGAUUACCUCAACAGUGGCCUGUGACAUGGACCUUUCCAAGUAUCCAAUGGAUGAACAAGAAUGCAUGUUGGAUUUGGAGAGCUAUGGCUACUCUUCAGAGGAUAUCGUCUACCACUGGUCAGAAAACCAGGAAGAGAUCCAUGGGCUGGAUAAGCUGCAGCUCGCACAGUUCACAAUUACCAAUUACCGAUUCACAACAGAAAUGAUGAACUUUAAAUCUGCAGGUCAGUUUCCCAGGCUCAGUCUUCACUUCCACCUUCGGCGAAAUCGAGGAGUUUACAUCAUUCAGUCCUAUGUUCCUUCUAUCUUACUCGUGGCUAUGUCGUGGGUGUCCUUCUGGAUCAGCCAGUCAGCUGUGCCCGCCAGAGUGUCAUUAGGUAUAACUACAGUUCUUACUAUGACUACACUGAUGGUCAGUGCCCGAUCUUCACUUCCACGAGCAUCUGCCAUCAAGGCACUUGAUGUUUACUUCUGGAUUUGCUACGUGUUUGUCUUCGCUGCACUGGUGGAAUAUGCAUUUGCACAUUUCAAUGCUGACUACAUGAAAAAGCAGAAGAACAAGAUAAAGGCAAGACGACGGAGUGCAGAGAUAAAUGUGAAGAAUGCCAUCGUUCUGUUUUCCCUUUCCAUAGCGGGUGUGAACCAGGAAUUGGCUGUUUCCAACAGGCAGCACAGAAUUCCCAGAAGCCUGCCUGGCUCAUAUGGCACGGUAGAAAUAGAAACUGGAGAGACAAAACGGCAGCAUGAAAUGAAACUGGAAAAGAAGAGUGGCCUGAAGUCCCUCUUCAAGCCCAUUGAUGCUGAUACCAUUGAUAUAUAUGCCAGAGCAGUGUUUCCAGCAGCCUUUGCAGCUGUCAAUGUUAUAUACUGGGUUGCUUACACAAUGUAAAAAAAAAAAAAACAAAAAAAACCCACACAUACACACAAAUCUGAGGAGACCUGCAAAUUGAACAGUAUCUUGAACAAUACCUACAUACUACAAAGCCGUUGCUGAAACUGUAUUGGUUCAUCUCAAAGUAUUUUCCAAUGAGCUUGAGACACUUCUAAAGUGAAGGAACCCCUGCAACUGAUUACUACUAAAAACAGCAGAAGAAACAAUUUAUUACCAGUUUGGUUUGAUAUAUGAAUUACUCUACUUUGCCAAACAAUCCCAGCUCCUUUUGUUUCUUGUCUUAGUGUAAGACAGUUUGUCAUAUGUACAUACUUGCAGCACAAGUGAAAAUCCUAAAUUACCAUGUUCUUCCUACAUUGUAAGGACUGGACAGUAAUGAAGGCUUAUCUCUCCACGCUUUCUUUUUCUACAGAGCCGCUGAUUACUCAUUUCCACACAAGAAUGAUUUUGUGUAUGUGGUCUUCUGUGGGAUGGUCCAAGUUUAAACUGUUGAACUGGUUUAAACAGUGAUAAACUGGAAAUUUUUAAAUCAUAAAAAUCACAUUAUCCAAGUAAAAGGGAAUAAGAGGUAGGUGGAAGAUGCUUUCUUAUUCUUUGCGUUUGGGAGAUGGAAGAUUAAACAAGAAAAGAUGUAGAGAAGGGUAGAGUUCUGUCGGGCUUUGAAAAUGGGGACCUUCAAUUUAGUGACUAAUGCUUAAUGGGUGCAAUUGCAGUAAGGGUGAAGCCAGUGUUUGAUCACAGUGCACACACU